UCUUUUAUUAAUUGUGUAGUUCGCUCGAUCCUAUCUCACAUAUAGAAUAGCCGGUUUCUUUUCUCUCCUCUGCUUUUAUCUAUCAUAAUUUCCUGUUCGCUUCUAGGGGAACUAGAAGCUGAAUCUCAGACACUACUCUUUUGUCUCCUCUGCGAACAGUUUUCUUAUGACUAUCUAGGAGAUAGAAACACUGCAGUUUGUUCCAUCAUGAUUGAUUCUGAAUGAAGCGGAGACCUAGUCGAGAUGUGAGUGGGAUAGUUCAUGCAAUGUGAAGCUUACGAUAAUUUAUCAUAUUGUGUGAGAAAUGCGUUACCUGCAGUUGUUAUGCCAUUUAAGAUGGAGCAAAAUGAGACUGGAUGCCAAGCUCCUCAAGCUCCAAUCCUUUGUGUCAAUAACUGUGGAUUCUUUGGAACGGCAGCAACUAUGAACAUGUGCUCCAAGUGUUAUAAAGACAUGGUUUUGAAGCAACAACAGGCCAAGCUUGCUGCUUCAUCGAUUGAGAGUAUUGUGAAUGAGAGCUCCAACUCUAAUGGAAAUGGUUCAAAUGUUGCCAUACUUAUGGAUGCGCAGACAGCUUCACCAGAUACAGUUGUUGCAUCAGCACAAGCGUCAACUGCAUCACCAGCAACUGAGAAAAGUGAGGAGGUUAAACAAGGUCCGAAGAGAUGCAGCACCUGCAAGAAGCGUGUUGGUUUGAUGGGUUUUAAUUGUCGAUGUGGCAAUCUUUUCUGUGCUGUUCACCGCUACUCCGACAAACAUGAAUGCCCUUUUGAUUAUCAUGCAGCUGGUCAGGAAUCUAUAGCCAAAGCCAACCCAGUUGUUAGGGCCCAAAAGCUCGACAAGAUAUAGCGCAUAUGUAGUUGCUCGUGAACCAAGAUGAGGUUGUCUUAUGAAGAAGGUUCAUAUGUUAUUUUAGGCGUCCUAGAUCAUAAGUGGUUGAAUGCAGUAAUAGGGCGUCUUUCCAACCUAGAAAUACUAGAGUCUCGUUUACCAGUAAAGAUACAAGCCUAUUCGCCCGUGACUAGUGCUUGCUUGUGCUUUGGUCUGAUGAUCUUUUUCCUUAUUUGCUUUGUAUUCGACUUUCUUCUGGAGUGGCUUUUACGUCUAUUAAUUAUCUAUUUAGUGGUCUCAUGUCA